CCUGCACGUCACCAUUGUAAUGUUCGGUAAACGAGGUGGGAUCCUAAUGAAAAUGGAAAGCCCUCCCCGUAGGAUUUUCUGGAUUUUCCUGGGUGACCGUGACGAAAUCGGCGAAAUAAAAGCGCGCACCUGGACACGGUGCUUGGGUUCGAGCUAAGAGUAAACGGAGCCGCGCACAGACACCACUGAAGAGUGCUGAUCUCCAAAAUAAUUGAACAACAAUGAUCGCCAACAUCUCUAUAUUCUGCGUGUCUUCAUUUCUACUUUUAAACUUGGUCGGUGCCAAACCAGUUACCAGUUUACAGCAGAGUAUUCAGCAGUUGUUAGAUGAAGAAGUGAACACGCCGUUUGUGGAGUCGGAGAUGGAGCAGAAAGAUGCGAGAGCGGAGAAGAACGCACUGAACGAGCGCGCGGAGCAACUGUGGGAAUCAGACGCGCGCAACUCAGCGCUGGCUGGGAAAGAUAGCGCGUUCGAGCGUCUCCUAGGAGACUUACUGUCCACAUCCAAGCGCUCGUGGAGCCGAUUCAAGAAAGGCGGACUGAGGAGCUGCUUUGGGGUCAGACUCGAAAGAAUCGGGUCUUUUAGCGGACUCGGGUGUUAAGCAGAGGUAUGUUAGGAGAUGUUAGGUCAUCUUGACUAGAUAGCCUAUGUAACACUGUUCACACGCGUAUUAUAAAUUAAAUAAGUCAUGUCUUAUUACUUCAUGUCAUGUCACUUCUUGCAGGUUGGGACUUUGAAAUAAUUGACACACGUGGGCAUCUUAGAUAAAGAAGUGUUGACUGAAAGUUUACCGUAGAUUUGUAUUCAGGUGAUACUGUAUGUGUUGGUCAUUAUUUAUUUAAGAUUUAGACAUGUAAAUAGUUUGUAUUUUAAGAUUCCAUGACUGCUGCUUUGUAUAGUUGCAUCUAUUUAUUUAUGUAUUUAUUUAUUAUGUCCUCCCUAAAUACAAUCGUGUUGCAGAGAAUGUAUAUUGCUGCAAAAUAAACAUUUUGCAUAACGUGUGUCAGUAUGGUCUAGAA